CUUGCUUUCUUUCUUUCUUUUAGCUAGUUUUCAAUUAAUCACACUUCCAAAAUCGCCAUGUCUAGGGAAGAUGGUGAUGAACCAUCACUGGAAACGGUAAUGCUUUGCAAGCUUAUUGCUGAAUCUCAAGGAGACAUGCUGCAAAAACUUCAUGAAUCUCAAGGAGACACACUGCGAGAACUCAUUGGAUCUCAACAACGCAGCCAGGAACACAUGUUAAAAAAGUUAACCACAAGUUUUAAAUCGGGACUAGAGGAAGUACUCAAUCGUCAAAAUAAGGCCGGCGGUGAAGACGAAAAAGAAGAUGAGGCUGAUCCCGAAAAGAAACCAAUCAUUGCGGCUGAUCUGGAUGGUAACAAUGUUUUGGAUGAGUAUCAGGAGUUAUACGACAAAGUAUGUGCGGGGAACAAGGGCCGAGUUGUUGAAUUACUGACGAUAUAUUUUCCAGAAGCUGCUGGAAUAGCAAUUACAUGCGACAAUGAAACAAUAUUGCAUAUAGCGGUAAGAAGCAGGGAUAAUCUGGAGAUGGUGAAAGAGCUCGUGAAACGCAUGACCCCUGAAGCCCUGGAAAUAAAGGAUAAAUAUGGUUCCACAGCACUUCAUGUGGCUGCCUUACAUGGACAAAAACAGGCUGCCGCACAAAUCAUAAGCAAGAAUCUAAAACUUACCCAGAUGCGCGAUGAAUAUGACAGGAUACCACUUGAAACUGCUAUUGUACAUGUAAGCGAUGGACAAAAAGACACUGUUAAGUAUCUUUACACUAAAACAAGGGAUGAAUACCCAAGUCCAUUCUCUGGUCCUAAUGGUGCUGAGCUGUUAUGCAGUGCAAUCGAAUCCGGUUUCUACGAUCUGGCAUUGGCUCUUGUCGAAAAGUUCCCAAAACUGGUUACUGAGCCAACCGAUGGACCCAGAGGAGUUGGCGGAUUGAAGGUUCUUAUUGAUAGGCCGUUUGCAUUUGAAAGCGGGGCAAACCUAUCUCGUUUGCAGGGCUACAUCUAUUCAUUAAUUCAUGUGGACAGAUCAUCUUCCCUAGAUUAUAAAACCGAGAAUCACUCUUUGGAAAUUUCCGAAGGCACCACCGGAUACGAAGAGAACCGAGGGGAGAGUUCAGAUGGACAGGAAGGAGAUGUAGAGAAUCAAUUGAAAGCCAAAAAAGCUCCCUCACCUGAAAAUAAAAAAGCCAAAGGAGUGGUGAAAAAAUUCAUUUUGAACUAUAUCAUGCCUUACUAUGCCCGAGCACCUCUUGUCAGACGUCUAUAUAGUCAGAAGGUGAUCCACCAACAAGCCUUGGAAUUGGUUAAUCAUAUGGUAAGAAAUAUCAAACAAACAAUCCCUAGUGGGCAAGAUGUAACAAUUUAUCUAAAUAAAAAUGAAGUUAUGAAGACGGCAAUAGAAUAUGGGAUCACUGAGUUUGUAACGGUGUGUCUGGAUGAAUACCCUCACCUGAUUUGGGAUAAAUUUAAUGAUCUCACAAUGAUACAAAUGGCAGUUCAAGAACGAGAUGAAAAUAUUUUGAAUCUCAUAUUGGAAACCAGUGGAAAUGAUAGAGGUUUUCUAGUUUCUAGGGAAGAUGAUAAAGGUAACAACAUCUUACACUACGCUGCAAGACUUGCGCCUUCUGCUAAACUAAAUUUGGUAUCCGGCACAGCUUUACAAUUACAACGAGAGGUACAGUGGUAUAAGGGGGUUGAAGCAAUUAUACAUCCAGAUUAUAAGUACCAGAGAAAUAAAAACGACGAAACAGCCAAGUCUAUAUUCACGGAGCAACAUAGAGACUUGGUGGAGAAAGGAGAGCAGUGGAUAAAAGAUACAUCCGGCUCCUGCAUGGUAGUUGCCACACUUAUUGCUACAGUUGCGUUUGCAGCCGUGUUCACCGUCCCAGGUGGUAACAUUGGUGAUACUGGUGACCCCAAAAAUGGUCUCCCAGUUUUCUUGAACAAGUGGAUAUUUCUAUUGUUUGCAAUAGGUGAUUGUGGUUCUCUUUUCGCGUCAGUUACAUCGGUUCUCAUGUUUUUAGCAAUCAUGACCUCUCGUUAUUCUGAAGAUGAUUUUUACAAAUCUUUGCUACAGAAACUCAUAAUUGGGCUGCUAACUCUAUUCUUUUCUAUGAGCGGCAUAUUGUUAGCCUUUGCUGCAGCAUUUACCCUUGCUUGCGGGGAUAAAUAUUGGUGGGCUCCAGUUCCAUUGGCAAUAUUUGGUUUGGUUACGAUAAUCUUAUUUGCGUUGUUGGAAUUUCCGUUGUUUGCCAGAAUGGUAGUGUCUACUUAUUAUCCUUGCGUUUUCCGAAGCAAGGAGGAUGAUGCUAAGAAAAAAACCAAGAGAUUUACUGAUAAUAAGAAAAAAACCUCGAGAUCAAACAAGCCAAUUGAUCCCAAGAAAGAACGUUGAUCAGGUUUUUCUGGUUUAGAACUUGGAGGAUUUGUUAGCUCUCAUCAACGAAGAACCAACCAAGUUGGUCAGUAUUUCAUGCUAGUGAUCAUUAGUUGGUUGUUGUGGGUAUUGUCAUGUAUUUUUUUUUCAUGUCCUCUUCUUGUUUAUUUAAUUAUUUUUUGUUGAACA